AAAACUGGCACUAUAACAUACAAUGGCCAUGCGGCAGACGAGUUUUAUGUUCGACGGACUUCUGCAUAUAUUAGCCAAACAGAUAAUCACAUUGCUGAAUUGACAGUACGAGAAACUUUGGACUUCGGUGCUAGAUGUCAAGGUGCAAAAGAAGGUUUUGCAGCAUAUACGAAUGAACUGGGCCGCCUAGAGCAUGAAAGGAACAUACGGCCUAGUCCAGAAGUUGACGCGUUUAUGAAGGCAUCAUCCGUUGGAGGUAAAACACACAGUGUGAAUACAGAUUACAUUUUGAAAGUGCUUGGUCUCGAUAUAUGUUCAGACACAAUAGUUGGCAACGAUAUGCUUCGAGGGGUCUCCGGCGGCCAAAGGAAGAGAGUUACAACAGGAGAAAUGAUUGUUGGUCCAAGAAAAACACUAUUUAUGGAUGAAAUAUCAACUGGUCUUGAUAGCUCUACUACGUACCAGAUAGUAAAAUGCAUAAAGAAUUUUGUUCACCAGAUGGAGGCUACAGUACUCAUGGCUCUCCUUCAGCCAGCUCCUGAAACAUUUGAGCUAUUUGAUGAUCUGGUGCUUUUGUCAGAAGGGUACGUAGUAUAUGAAGGCCCUCGAGAAGAUGUGCUCGAGUUUUUUCAGUCAUUAGGUUUUCAACUUCCACCUCGUAAAGGGAUCGCAGACUUUCUCCAGGAGGUGACCUCUAAAAAGGAUCAAGCACAAUACUGGGCUGAUCCUUCAAAGCCAUAUGAGUUUGUCUCAGUUUCCGAGAUUGCGCAAGCCUUUAGAAAUUCCAAAUUUGGAAAGUAUGUGGAAUCCAUGCAGAGUCAUCCAUUUGAUAAAUCAAAAUGUCAUUCUUCAGCUUUGGCUAGAACUAAAUAUGCUGUGUCAAAGUGGGAGAUGGCUAAAGCUUGCUAUGCACGAGAAGUCCUUUUGAUCAAAAGACAUAGCUUUCUUUAUAUAUUUAGGACCUGCCAGGUUGCUUUUGUUGGAUUUGUCACAUGUACAGUAUUCCUGCGUACAAGGUUACAUCCCACAGAUGAGGUUUACGGACACCUUUAUCUUUCUGCUCUAUUUUUUGGGGUGGUUCACAUGAUGUUUAAUGGGUUUUCUGAGCUGCCUCUUAUGAUCACUCGGCUUCCAGUAUUUUAUAAGCAAAGAGACAAUUUAUUCUAUCCUGCAUGGGCGUGGUCUCUCGCCAGUUGGAUACUACGUGUACCGUAUUCCGUGGUUGAGGCUGUUAUAUGGACUCUUGUUGUAUAUUAUACUGUUGGAUUUGCUCCAGCAGCGGGAAGGUUUUUUCGCUACAUGUUUCUACUUUUUGUAAUGCAUCAAAUGGCAUUAGGUCUCUUCCGGAUGAUGGCUGCUUUGGCACGAGAUAUGGUUCUUGCUAAUACAUAUGGAUCGGCUUCACUAAUGCUUAUAUUCGUACUGGGAGGAUUUAUUAUACCUAAAGGAAUGAUUAAACCAUGGUGGAUUUGGGGCUACUGGUUGUCACCCCUUACCUAUGGUCAACGAGCUAUUACAGUUAAUGAAUUUACUGCUUCAAGAUGGAUGAAGAAAUCUGCAACUGGGGACACCACAGUUGGUUACAAUAUCCUCCACUCAAACAGCCUACCAAGUGAGGACCGCUGGUAUUGGAUUGGUCUUGCAGUUUUAAUCCUCUAUUCAUUUUUUUUCAACAACAUGGUCACUGUGGCCUUAGCCUAUCUGAAUCCAAUUCGAAAACCACGAACAGUUAUGCCUUCUGAUGAUGACUCGGAAAAGAAUUCUUCCAGAGAUGUCAGUAAUAAGGUCAAUGAAAUGAGUACCCGUGCCAGACCCGCAAGAGAGGACAGUACUAAGAAAGGAAUGAUUCUUCCAUUUCAACCACUGACAAUGACAUUUCAUAAUGUCAAUUAUUUUGUUGAUAUGCCAAAGGCGAUAAGCAAGCAAGGCGUACCUGAAACUCGGUUGCAGCUCUUGACAAAUGUCAGUGGAGUAUUCUCACCUGGUGUCCUUACAGCAUUAGUGGGGUCUAGUGGGGCUGGAAAGACCACCUUAAUGGACGUACUGGCUGGCAGGAAAACUGGAGGGUACAUAGAAGGGGAAAUUAAAAUUUCGGGUUACCCAAAAGAGCAACGAACAUUUGCCAGAAUAUCAGGAUAUGUUGAACAAAAUGAUAUACAUUCUCCUCAAGUAACAAUUGAGGAGUCGCUAUUGUUUUCUUCAUCUCUUCGCCUUCCAAAGGAAGUUGGAUUUGCUAAAAGACUCGAAUUUGUUGAACAAGUGAUGAAACUAGUUGAGCUUGAUACUUUGAAACAUGCUUUGGUUGGUAUGCCAGGUAGCUCUGGCUUAUCAACAGAGCAGAGAAAGCGAUUAACAAUAGCAGUGGAGCUUGUAGCAAACCCUUCCAUUAUUUUUAUGGAUGAACCUACUUCUGGACUUGAUGCACGUGCAGCAGCUAUUGUAAUGCGUGCUGUUCGAAAUACCGUUGAUACUGGAAGAACUGUGGUUUGCACUAUACAUCAACCAAGUAUUGAUAUAUUUGAAGCAUUUGAUGAAUUACUUCUUAUGAAACGUGGGGGACGAGUAAUAUAUGGAGGAAAGCUUGGUGUGCAGUCACAGAUAAUGAUAGACUACUUUCAGGGAAUCAAUGGAAUUCCCCCCAUUCCAAAGGGCUACAAUCCGGCUACCUGGGUGCUUGAGGUUAGUACACCUGCUACUGAAGAGAGGAUUGGUGCAGAUUUUGCUGAAAUUUACAGGAAUUCAGAGCAAUACAGGGGGGUGGAGUCUUCUAUUUUGCAAUUUGGACAUCCUCCUUCAGGCUCUGAACCAUUGAAGUUUGACACCGAAUAUUCACAAAACCUGUGGAACCAAUUACUUCGAUGCUUAUGGAAACAAAAUCUUGUGUACUGGAGAAGUCCAUCGUAUAAUGCCAUGAGGUUAUACUUCACCACAAUAAGUGCUUUGAUAUUUGGUACCGUAUUUUGGGAUAUUGGUUCAAAAAGGGAAUCAACUCAAGAGCUGUUUGUAGUCAUGGGAGCUCUUUAUUCUACAUGCAUGUUUGUUGGGGUAAACAACUCUUCUUCAGUACAGCCAAUUGUUUCAAUAGAAAGGACUGUGUUUUAUAGAGAGAAAGCUGCUGGAAUGUUUUCUCCAAUCGCUUAUGCGGCAGCCCAGGGGCUUGUAGAGAUACCAUAUAUUGCUGUUCAGACAAUAAUAUUUGGUAUAAUCACAUAUUUCAUGAUCAAUUUUGAAAGGACAGCUGGGAAGUUUUUUCUUUAUCUCGUGUUCAUGUUCCUAACGUUCACCUACUUCACCUUCUACGGCAUGAUGGCUGUUGGUGUUACACCUUCCCAACAUCUAGCAGCUGUUAUUUCUUCAGCCUUUUACUCCCUGUGGAAUCUUCUUUCAGGUUUUCUCAUCCCAAAAGCGAGUAUUCCCGGCUGGUGGAUUUGGUUCUAUUAUAUCUGCCCGAUUGCAUGGACGUUACGUGGUAUUAUCACAUCCCAGCUUGGUGACGUGGAAACCAAAAUUGUGGGACCUGGAUUUGAGGGCACCGUGAAAGAGUAUUUAGCUGUUUCUCUUGGAUUCGAUGCUAAAAUCAACGGAUUUUCUUCUGUGGGUAUUUCAGUGGUCGUGCUUCUUGGAUUUAUUGUGGUGUUCUUUGGUUCUUUCGCUGUAUCAGUCAAAAUCUUGAAUUUCCAAAAGAGAUGAGAGAAACACAGCACGUAGAUGAUUCUGACAUUGGAUCAUAUCAUAUAGGUGAUUAUCAAUGCAUGGGGUCUGAUUAUUGAAUAAAAUUAAUGACGAAAUUUGAUCCA